AUGGGCUUAGUAGCUACUAAUCCAGUUGUUAUUGUACUUGAGGUUUUUGUCGAUAGAAUAUCGAUUAGAUCGGGACAGGGCCGACCUAGAUCGAGGAAACCAUCUAGCGGACGGAGGGGCAAGCAAGCAUCAAGGGGGAAGAGGCCAAAGUGCGGCGAAGAAGGCCUUGGUGAAGCGAAUGAGGAGGAUGAGGGGGAUGAGGAGGAGGCUGAUGAUGAGGAGGGUGACGAGGAAGAGGAGGUUGAGGAGGAUGCGGAGGAGGAGGACGCGGAUGCAGGGGAGGAGGAAAAGGAUGAUGAUGAGGAGGAGGACGACGAUGAUGAGGAGGAGGAGGACGAGGAGGGGGUUGACGAGGAGGAGGAGGAGGAGGAUAAGGAGGAGGAUGAGGACGAGGAGGAGGACGACGAGGAGGAGGAGGAUGAGGAGGAUGAGGAGGACAAUCAUGAGGAGGAGGAGGAGGAGGAGGAUGAUGAUGAUGAUGAUGAUGAUGAGGAGGAGGAGGAGGAGGAGGAGGAGGAGGAGGAGGAGGAGGAGGAGGAGGAGGAGGAGGAGGAAGGGGCGGAAGAGGAAGAGGAGGAGGAUGUGCCGGCAGUUAAAGGACGGGGCGCGCGAGGCAAACUGGGGAGUGGUACGGGGAAGGCAUUGGGCCGCCGAUAA